AUGCUACUGUGCCGGAGCCUAAUACUCCUGGCGGCGCUCAUCGCGGCGUUCGACCCGCCGACGCAGCUGGCCGACCUCGCGGACGCCGCUGCGUGGCGGGUCGGGGAUGGGAUGCCACUUCUGGCGUUCGUAGAAGGCCCGGCCCGCCGUGUAGAAGCGCGGACACAAUAUUACAUUGUGCCGCGCUUCUUCCAGCGAGCGGGUGUGCCUGUAGGACACCAGGCAGUAUUUGGGCCCAGCGCGACAGCGGCUGCCGUUCCUCCCUACUGUGAUGUGGCCGAAACAGUUCCCACACCAGCGAAACUGGCGCGUGAUUUCUACUCGGUCAUCGAAGGUUGCGUACACCCAACAGUCGCGUGGCGAAUGGGAGCCACCGCAAAAGAUACAGGACGAGGAGGAGGUGGAGUGUUCGCCCUGGAAAUGAGCGCGCUCGAGGCUGCUUUGGCCGAAGCCUCGCUCGAUCGGGGUUGCAGCCAGGUCGAGGCGGGCCAAGCCACCCAGCAGUUGUGCGCCAAUCAGGGCCUCUUCGGCCGCUCGGCGUUCCUGCUCGGCGGCCUGACGUGCGCGUUCGGCCUCUUGCUGUUGCCGAAAGGCCGCGAAUUCGCGCGCCUCUUGGCCCGAGAGGAGGAUGCCCGGUGGCGGAACAGGGCCAAAGGCUACUGGGGAAGCCUC